GGGAGCAUGAUGUCUCCAAGACUGAAGGCACAGAACAGAAUCUGAACGUCACCCGUUUCAUCUCACAUCCCCGUUAUGACUCCAAAGUAAGCCUCUACAAUCAUGACAUUGCCUUGUUGCGGCUGCGCAACCCCAUCCAGUUUACCCUAACUGUACGUCCCAUCUGCCUGGGACCCAUGCUCUUCUCCAACUCACUGCUGCAGUCUGGAUUUCUGGCUACUGUCAGCGGCUGGGGCCGUCUGCGCUUUCAAGGCCGAAGUGCAGUGAACCUACAGAAGGUUGAGUUGCCUUAUGUAGACAGAACAGUGUGUAAGGAAAGCAGCAGUGACCCAGUCACAUACUUCAUGUUCUGUGCUGGAUACUCAGAUUCUCCUAAAGACGCGUGUCAGGGGGACAGCGGAGGACCUCAUGCCAUGCGCUACCACAACACCUGGUUCCUCACAGGCAUUGUCAGUUGGGGAGAAGAAUGUGCCAAGAAAGGGAAGUACGGUGUGUACACACAGGUUGGUAACUAUUAUCGUUGGAUACAGCACAUCAUGGGUGUUACCAAGGGAGUGCUGCUUAAAAAUGUGGACCUAUGAUCUAGGAUUCUCAUUUUAAAAUCUCAUCUGCACACAUGGAGUAUUCAAAUCUGGAGAGAAAAGAUGCACUUGUUUAAUCAGGUGAAAUAAAUACAAUUAGAUUGUUCGUUAUCUGUAACAGAUUGUAGUCAUGCCCCGCCCCCAAGUCCUGGCUGGCCAAUGAGAUUCCAUCAAUAAACCCUGUGCAGCAUUCAUGGUUUAGUACCUUCACUGUCCCAUUAGGACAUUUAAUAGUCCAUAGACACACUGUUUUCACCUGUGGUUUAAUGAAAGCUGGUAUGUUAUUAAGCAAUAUACUGCCUUGCUACAUGGUUAGAACCUGCUAAGGUUUCUUGACUGAGAACUCAAUCUCUCAUUCAGACAGAAAGAAGAAAAAAAUGUAGCCUCUCAAGCUUUGAGCUGCAACUGCCUUCAGAGGGAAAACUGGAGGAACGUGAGGGGGGUUGACUGAAAAUAUCUGACACUAGAAACCUACUUAAGAUUUCAACAGCGUUCUUUAAGACUCGUGACCUAGUUCUGAAAAUCACUGGAUCUUACCCAUAAACCCUGGAGGCAUCAGAUCACUCACAUCUCACCCGUGAAAGACCCUUUCAUCAUUUGAGGCCAGUCUCUGGGAGAUAACAACACAGUUGAUGUUUAUGAUGUAUAUGUGCCUUUGACUCUAAAAUGUCUAAUUCUAAAAAUCAUUAUUAAUAUAUUUGUA